CGGAGCUUCGGCUGAGGCGGCAAAUUCGCUUCUCCUUUCCCUCAGAGCCAUUUUCCCUCAUGGAGCCGGAGCGCGUCGAAAGCGCGGGUGGUUCCGACGAGACGCAGAGGUUGAGAGCUGCUGUUCAUUAUGCAGUCGGUUGUCUCUGCGAAGAAGUUGGCAAAGACAAAGAAACCGAGUUCAGUAAACAAGCCGUCGCAUGUAUUUCUGAGAUCACCUUCAGGCAGUGCGAAAAUUUUGCAAAAGACCUUGAAAUGUUUGCUAAGCACGCAAAACGGACUACGAUUAAUGUUGAAGAUGUGAAGCUUUUGGCCAGAAGAAGCAGGCCAUUGCUGAGGCACAUCAGCCAGAAGAGUGAAGAGCUUGCUUUGAAUAAUCUGGAACAAAAAGAGAAAAAGAAGAAGAAAGCUGCUUCGAAGAAAGGGAGAAGAACCUCUGAGGAGCAAGUGGCGGCUGACAGUGAGAAUUCCAACAUGGCCUGACCGGUCUUGUUUAAUUUUCAGUGGGGUUGUGGUGCGACCACGGGAAGCCUGUUGGUUGGCUUUAAGGAAGCACAGUGCAAUUCACUCUUGGUUUAGUUUCUUCUCAACGAAUGCUUUGAGCAAACUGUACAUAAAGAUAAUUGUUUAUAAACCUGUAGGAAUCUUUAUUGGGCCUUAUUAAAGACCCCAACAUCAUAAUACAAUGGCUUAACUGAACCUUAGUAAGUAAACAUGCAUAAAAUCUAGCCGUUUGCAGGACAUUUCUAGUUUCCUCUCAGAUGGGAAUCUACUGAUGAUGGAAAAAACUCACUUAUACUUCUAGUAGAGAGCAUUUUCUUACCAGUCCUGUAAGAAAUGGAAGGAAAUGGCAAUGUUUUGUGUUUGUUUCCUUAUCGGAUGUAAGUUGCAACGUUCUGUUUUGUCCUACAUACAGUUCUGUUUAUUUGUUGCGCUUUCUAUAAACGUCCUUGUUAUUCUGGUC